AUGUUUUGCCGCCUCAAGUCAACCCCACCCUCCCUCUUCUCUUCUCUCAAUUGUUCUUUCCACCCUGUUGCCUAUCGAUCAUUCGCAUCAUCAGCAGCCAUGUCCAACACUAAGGUCUUCUUCGACGUCCAGUACGCCCCUGUCGGCUCCAGCACCCCCAAGGUUGGCCGUAUCAACUUCAACCUCUACGAGGCUGAUGUUCCCAAGACCGCCAAGAACUUCCGUGAGCUUUGCAAGGCCGCCGAGGGCCAGGGCUACAAGGGAUCUACUUUCCACCGUGUGAUUCCCCAGUUCAUGCUCCAGGGUGGUGACUUCACCCGCGGAAACGGCACCGGUGGCCGUUCCAUCUACGGUGAGAAGUUCCCCGAUGAGAACUUCAAGUACAAGCACACCCGCCCCGGUCUGCUUUCCAUGGCCAACGCUGGUCCCAACACCAACGGCUCCCAAUUCUUCAUCACCACCGUUGUCACCUCGUGGCUCGAUGGCAAGCACGUCGUCUUCGGCGAGGUCGCUGAUGAUGCUUCUCUGAAGGUUGUUGAGGAGAUUGAGUCCCUCGGCUCUUCCUCUGGAUCCAUUCGCUCCGCCGUCAAGCCCACCAUCGUUGAUUGUGGUGAGCUGUAA